CGGCUGGGCAACAGGGCCCACAGAUAAACUGCCUUGUCUCAUGCAGGUCUUUCUACUAAUCAAUGGAACAUUGUCCAGCCUAUUAGAUGGAUCAGAUGUGCCUGUAAGUGAACUAGUGUGUCGGUUUUAAGAGCUCUUAAUCACUUAGUGAAUUUGGUUUUCAAGCAUUGGGCCAGAACAAAAUCCUGGACCUUAUAGCUUUCCAAGAAAGGGAUCUAUGUUUUCCUCCUCAUAUAAUCCUGACUAGUGGACACCACAAAAGUCUGUGGAAAGACACAGAAACCAAAGAAGUGCUCAUUGGAGAUCUACUCAACUAGCGCCAAGUUUCUGAGGAGCCUGAAGGAUCUACAUUAAGGUUAAAUUACUGGGAGCUGGAACAACUGAUAAAAUUAGAAAUGGGGAAAAAUGUUCAGAGCCUGGGGUGAAGGUUCCUUGUUGCACCUCUUCCUUUUCCCUUAAACCUCCGUUUAGCACCGCACUAGUCUUCUCAUCCCUCAGGCCCUCCAUCUCUUACUUCAUCUGUCUCACUCAAUCCCUGACUUCAUCCCUCCCUCCCUUACUCCAUUCUCCUGAUUUAUUUGCCUCCGUUCCAAUAUUUGUCGUCACUGUGUUUUCUUCCCCUUGUCUAAAUGUCACCCCUUCUAAGACAAUGUAAAGAGGGAGAGAAAGAGAAAAAAGAGGGCAAAUGCGGGGGAGAUAGAGGAGGGGAGGUGAGAACUCGUAAAAAGAGCAACAAUGUUUGGGAAGAUUCAACAUUAGGUAAGACACUUUCUCACACAGUACAUAUUUGUGUAUAUACAAGACGUGGUCACAAUUCUUGGAUGACAGGUGUGUAUCUGUACUUCCUCUUCUGGUUUGGGAAUUUCACAUUGGACAUUGAAGCUUCUGCACAUUUUAGUCAGCCUCAUUACCUGUAGCCGCUGAAUUAACAGGGGCGUACUGUAGCCAGGGCCACUGAAUUAACAGGGAGGUACUGUAGCCGGGGCCACCGAAUUAACAGGGACGUACUGUAGCCGGGGCCACUGAAUUAAAAGGGGCGUACUGUAGCCGGGGCCACCGAAUUAACAGGGACGUACUGUAGCCGGGGCCAAUGAAUUAACAGGCACGUACUGUAGCCGGGGCCACUGAAUUAACAGGGACGUACUGUAGCCGGGGCCACUGAAUUAACAGGGACGUACUGUAGCCGGGGCCACCGAAUUAACAGGGACAUACUGUGGUCUCACAGAAGCUCUGAAAGUUCUUGGAAACUGACGAGCACAGAUACAGAUCCACAGACACAGACCAUUCAGCAGAACCCAGCUUAGCGCUUCCCAUCUCCAGUGUGGGUCACUUAUUAUGUCUUGUCCGAAGCAUGCACAAUGGAACCCAAGUCAUUCCUCAGUGUCACUAUUAAUGUACUGUAGUGUCACCAUUACACUGUUCCCUCCCUCUGACUGCCACCCUACAUCACUUCGUUUUCUCCCUCCCUCCCUCGCUUUCUCCCUCCUUUAUAACCCAUCUCUCCUAUCCCACUGUUCACACUCCUUCUUUCUGUCUUUUACAAGACUGGACACACAUUUGUUUUCUUAACUAGAGGAAGGAACCGAUGGAGAAACACCAGAGGGGCCAAAUGGUUUUUUACAUAUUCUCUUACUCAGAUAUGAGGGGCUUUUUUUAUGCUGAGUUUUGAGGUUUUCAAUACUUAUUAUAUGUGUCAUAAUAUUUGUAUUUUUCUUCCUCUCAAAAAGGCUUUUAGAAAAAGAGAGAAAGGACAAACAAAAAUAGUGGCCACAUUUUGAUCAUAGUCAGUAAAAAAAAAUAUUUUCUGACAUUCUUUCGUACUUGGAUGACUUUACAUAAAAUAUAUUCUUAUUUCCAUGUUCCUGCUAUCACAGAGGUGGAAAUCAUUAAACUUUAAGAUUGAUACCGUUCACUGAGAAAUUGGAUUUAAUUUUAAAUCUGCUUUUCACAUUUCAAAAGAGAAAAACUGGACAGUGUUGGACAUGAACUGAUAUGAGGGGAUCAUCCCCAGACUCAGAAACUUGGACCACAGGUGAAACUAACUCUAUAAAAAAGCCCGAUUGACUGACAACGCAGUGCACCUGUGGAAACGUGCAAACUGCUGCCCAAGGACACUCACUGACCCACAGGGACGGACAGACAGACAGUCUGAUGCAAACUGUCUCUGCUGUCAAUCUCACGGCACAACUCCUGCUGUUGCUAUGGGCAACCCACCCGACCAUGGCAACCAACUGGCUCUCCCUGGCGAGGAUGCCGCGUUCGCGGCCCGUGUCGGGUGCUGCCCCCUGUGGGCGGCUGAGGGGACUGUCUGUGGGGCAGGUGGGGGUGUGUAGGGCUCGGGGGGAAGUAAUGGAGUCUGUGCGCAAGGCGGCCGAGAUGGUCAUAGAGGAGUGUCAGCACCAGUUUCGGAAUCGCCGUUGGAACUGCUCAACCACUCCGCGUGGAAUCAACGUGUUCGGCCGAGUAAUGAGCCAAGGCACACGUGAGGCGGCCUUUGUGCAUGCCCUGUCCUCGGCGGCCGUGGCGGUUGCAGUCACGCGAGGUUGCAGCCGGGGUGAGCUGGAGAGGUGUGGCUGUGACAGGAAGGUCAGAGGGGUCAGCCCGGAGGGUUUCCAGUGGUCAGGCUGCAGUGACAACCUGUCAUAUGGUGUGGCCUUCUCCCAGACGUUUGUGGACGAGACAGAGCGUGCCAAGGGGCUGUCGGCAGGACGACCCCUUAUGAACAUCCAUAACAACGAGGCUGGACGGAAGGCAAUCCUACACAACAUGCAGGUGGAGUGUAAGUGUCAUGGAGUCUCAGGAUCAUGUGAGCUGAGGACCUGCUGGAAAGUCAUGCCUCCAUUCCGACGUGUUGGGGCAGUGCUGAAGGAACGUUUUGAUGGAGCCACAGAGGUGCGCCUGUCCCGUAUUGGCUCCAGGACGGCACUGCUUCCCCGGGACCCCCAGGUCAAACCUCCUGCUGCCAGGGACCUGGUGUACCUCGCUGCCUCUCCAGAUUUCUGCCGCCUCGACCCUGACAACGGCAUCCCAGGGACUGCUGGCCGACGCUGUAACGGCACCUCCCGGCUGGCGCCAGAUGGUUGUGAGCUGGUGUGUUGUGGGCCAGGGUACAGGGCGGGCCGGGCAGAGGUGGUGCAGCGUUGCUCCUGUAAGUUCUCCUGGUGCUGCUCCGUUCGCUGCCAGCAGUGCAAGAACACAGUGAUGAUCCACACCUGCCGAGAGUGAACCUGGGACACACAAGAUCCUUACACCGGUCCAAACACUAGAACAAAAAAAGUGUCAGGACUUUCUAAUACAAUACACACACACACUUGAAGGCUUAAGGACUAGAAGAUUCUCUGAAAAAUUAUUCAUGUGAAGUUAAUAUUCAAUUUUUUAAAAACGAAACCCCUGAAAAAAAAACACAAGUACCAUAGAGCAUGUUUGCCCCCAUUUGGAGAGGCAUUGCUGUUUUUGUGGUAUUCUAUAUCACAUGUGUCAAAACACAUCCCACGGUGGGCCAUGUCAGCAGUUUUUGUUCCUACCUUGUGCUUGGGUUGGACUCCAAUCACAAAGCAGACACAUUCCCUCUGGGAAAUACCGAUUUUAGAUGCCAGUUCAAUUGACCAAAGCUGCCCGACUGCCCUUGAUUGGGCUUGAGGGGACAAGUAAACAACUUUGCUCACUUGCAGAGUUGAUAUAUCCAGAAUUCACAAAUCAUGUGUCUAAUGCAGAUGGUUGCAAAGCGUUAAAUCGAUACAAAAUCAUCAAUGGAUUUCCCCAAAAUGACCACAUUUGUUUAAAUAGUAAGAUGUUUGCUGACAGUGUCAGAUACCAACAAAAUACAUUUGUUUACUCUUCCAGUUGAGCUUUAGCAAUGUUGCUAGUUUUUCAUAGGAUAUAGUUUAUUUUUCAUUUUAGUGAAAUAUCUAACAAAUGAAAAUUAAUAUAUUUAAAUACAUGAUUAGAAAGAAGGGUAUUCUCUUAAUACCUACCUUUCUACUGAUAUUUAAAUAACUGUGACAUUCUCUGCAGAUACAACCUUCAUGCUGAUUAGCAGAUGAACCUUUUUUUAUGUAAAAGUCUGCGACAAUAAAAGUGUACCAUUAAGAAGUACACCAUUAAAAAGAGAAUCAUUUCAAACAAUUCUGAGAAAUUUUGAAUGCCCAAUAUCUCAGAACAUCAUCAUGCUUUCAUCAGAUAAAACCAUCUAGUCCCAAGGUCUGGCACUAAAACACUAGCUAGACACUAGAAAACUGGGCUUGGGCUCUGCAAGGGUUUGCCAGGGUCAAGACAUUCUAGAGCACCACAAAACAUUGUCUAGACACUGAACACUAACCAAAAUCUCUAGAACAUGUACAAAUCUGCAAAGCUGUCCUGGCAUAAAGUCAAAAACUCCAGUCAGAACUGUAUUGACAGUAUGGAUGAGUGCAUUGAGAGAGUGAGGCUCUACGCAUUACAGAAACCUCUGCCAGGCAGAAGGUGGAAGGUCUUCCCCCAUUACCUCUAGUGCCAAAGAAUAGAAAUACAAGGAUACUCACUAAAUAGACCAAUAUUUACUGUCAUGAAACAUAGAGGUCAUUAUAAUGUACUUUUCAUACCUAAAAUGAUAAUGCAGAAUUGAGAAAAGUAUUGGAUUUCAGUGUCCUGUACAGUGGAGGAAACUAAUGGUAUACUUGUACGUAGGUAUUUGUCUAGAUCCCAUUGACACACACAAUUAACACUAACUUAAACUGACAAAGCUUUUAAAGCUGAAAUUAACUACCACUAACCGGGAAUUUACAGCACUUUCGUUAAAUGCAUUCACUUUCAGUGUAGCAGGUAGUUGCAGGUGUUAUACAUUUACUGUAUUUAUGUAUUUUGCCACUAUACUGUCUUUAAUUUAUUUGUAUGUUGAGUAUUUUGAGGCCUUCCUCCUGCCAGUGAGAACACCUGUCCUGUCCCCACAGGUCUGUUGUACACACUGCUGUAGUCCAUCAGCUGUGAAGCAUGUUGCCCAGUGUUCUGCACAGUUGACUUGAUCAAAUAAAAGCAUUUUCACUACA